AGGCACGUACUAAAAAUAUUUACAUGAAUCCCCCACCGUUGAGCUUCUGGAAAGUUGUUCCUUUCAUAAUGGCAAGUGUAUUGAGUAUUACUCCUUAUGCUCGAUGGGUUUUGAUUGGGUUGGGUUUUGCUUUCCUAAAAUAUCAAGCGGAUAAGUUGAUCGCUCAAUUCGGUUUGAAAUUGGGAAAUACCAAUGAUGGAUCAACACCAGUACUGCUGAACUUCGAGGAAGCAUAUGAUGAGUUCAUUCAAGAGAUUAUAGAUGUGACUACGAUCAUGGUUUGCUAUCCGCUGAUUUUGUUGUUAAUCUGUCCACUAGAACCUGUAUAUCAGGUUAUUUUCUUGCUAAAGUUGAUUUUCGGAGCACUCUAUUAUACUCCAACUUUGGUAGCCAAGGCAUCUGGGAUUAGUGUGACUUGUGGCUUGUUCAACCUAUCUCUCAUUUGGUUUACAACCUUGGCGGCUCUUGUCCUAUCUCUCAUCAUUGAUUUCUUCGUAUUGUUGGUGAUUUACCUUAACAAGCGUUAUGCGUGUGCAUGUGUAACUGCUGGGAGACCUAAAAUGGAAGAACCGGAAGAUGAUAUGGAAAAUUUUCUGGUUAACGUCAAUGUGCAGCAAUAGUUUAAUUAUUGGUUAAGCUUUUAGACAAGGUCAUUUCACAUUGAUGUAUUUUCAAACUGUUUGUUUGCUUGAUAUCAUGCAUGUUUGGACCGUUGUCUGGAUUUAAUUUCGAAUUAAUCUGAGUUUAUAUUUAAUGAACUUGAUUUUGAGUAAA